AUGACGAACUUGCAGCAACUAGCGUGUUCUUCCGCUGGCCAAGGUCUCGUGUGUGCUGCAGAGCAGCGCAGGGCCCGUCCAAGGUGGGAGGAAUGGAUCGUGUGCGAAGCCAAGCUGCGGACACUAUAUGUGAUGUAUCUGUUUGACAGCACUCUUUGUAUCCAAGAGGGCCUACCUACCUUUCUGGGCAACGAAUUGUCUGGAUUGCCCGCUCCGAGCAACAAACUUCUAUGGCAGGCCAAGUCUCGAUACGACUGGGAGAAGGAAUAUAAUAUGCACAUGACGGAAUGGAUGGGGGAGAGCCUGACUAUAGACGAGCUCUGGCCAAUGCCUGCUGAUUUAGACACCAGGGCUGUCGAAAGAAGGCGGAUAAGAGUUGACCACUGGCUUGAGAAUCUUGACGAAUAUGGAACCAUGCUGUACGCAGUUACGAGAUGCACCCACGGCGAAUAG